GCUCCAGAGAACACAGGUGCAGCAGGUGGUUACCCGCACCCAGCCCCAGCAUGAGCUCCUUCGACCUCCCGGCAUCCUCGCCACCGCGAUGCAGCCCCCAGUUCCCCAGCAUCGGCCAGGAGCCCCCGGAGAUGAAUCUUUACUAUGAGAACUUCUUCCACACCCAGGGCAUGCCCAGCCCUCAGCGCCCCACCUCCUUCGAGGGUGGUGGAGAGUAUGGGGCUACCCCGAACCCCUAUCUCUGGCUCAACGGGCCAGCCAUGACCCCACCGCCCUACCUGCCUGGUACUAACGCCAGUCCCUUCCUGCCCCAGGCCUAUGGCAUGCAGAGGCAGCUUCUGCCCAGCGACCUGGGCUGGCUGCCCAUCCCCUCUCAGGAGGAGCUCAUGAAGCUGGUGCGCCCACCAUACUCCUACUCGGCUCUCAUUGCCAUGGCCAUCCACGGGGCGCCUGACCAGCGCCUCACGCUGAGCCAGAUCUACCAGUACGUGGCUGACAACUUCCCCUUUUACAACAAGAGCAAGGCUGGCUGGCAGAACUCCAUCCGCCACAACCUGUCACUCAACGACUGCUUCAAGAAGGUGCCCCGAGACGAGGACGACCCAGGCAAAGGGAAUUACUGGACUCUGGACCCCAACUGUGAGAAGAUGUUCGACAAUGGAAACUUCCGCAGGAAGAGGAAGAGGAAAUCAGACGCGUCUUCUAGCACAGGCUCCUUGGCGUCGGAGAAAACGGAGACCGGUCUCCUGGCAGGCAGUCCCAAGCCCACGGAGCCUCAGGAUGUCUUAGACACUGCCUCACCAGACACCACCAGCUCCCCAGAGAAGCGGGCCUCCCCUGCCCCCUCUGGCACCCCAUGCCUCAACAACUUCCUCUCCACCAUGACAGCCUAUGUGAGUGGGACAAACCCCAUGAGCCGCUCGGUGGCCACAGCAGGACUGAGCCCGGAGCCAACUGACAAGAUGGGGCAGAACUCACUAAGUUUCAACUCCUACACUCCCCUCACCAACCUCAGUAGCCACGGGAGUGGGGGUGACUGGGCCAACCCGGUCCCCACCAAUGCUCUAGGCUAUGGAGGCUCUGUCCUCAACCAGUUCAGCCCACAUUUCUACAAUAGCAUUAACACCAACAGUGUUCUCUUCCCCAGGGAAGGCACCGAAGUCUAGGAACAGACAGCUUCUGGUCCACAGAGCUGUCUAAGGGAAAAGCAAUGGAGGUCCUCCAGACCAGACCCUCCACUACCCCCAAGAAAUGAGACUUUUGAACUUCACAGACAGCACAGGAAGCUAGAAAGAAUCUGUGAUCAAAUCUGAAUCUACACGGAUGUGUUAACUACAAUGGGCAGACCGGUGAUGUGGCCAUUUGUUGAGCACUUACUAUGCUCUGGGUCCAUUCAUGGGCUUUUUAAUGACAUGGUCACACUAUGUACAGUCAUCCUUUGAGGUUCAUAUGACCCCCUCCAUUUGACAGAUCAUGAAAUUAAGGCAUGAGAAUGUUGUCAGCCUUUCCGGGGUCAUGGAAAUGACAAAGAUGUCAAAGCAGGGUCUGGGCAACCCUCAAAGACUGGAUAAAAGGGGCUGUGGUGGAGGAACUGAUUGAGAGAGUCAGCAUAAGAAGCUGAUGAUGGCAAGUGCAUGCGUACCUCUCCACUGCCUUCUGGUUACCCAUGAGAAUUUAACGCCAACUUGGGUACGACUUAGCCCUGCUGUCCUU